AUGAACAAGCAUUGGGUUUUUGGAUUUGCAAUCCUCUACGUUGCCACAGACAUAGCUAUCGGUGUUGGUCUUUAUUACGCUGGUUACCACAACGCCAGUCGAUCGAUGUCGGCAAAUAAGCGAGAUGUCUUCCAAGAUUUACAAGACGAAAUUUCAUCUGCAAAAAUCGAAAGCUUCCUUAAACAUCUAAGAAGUGUUCCCCAUUUAGCUGGAACUGCAGAAGACAGUCAACAGGCUGAAUGGCUGCGCGAUCAGUUUCUCGAAUUCGGUUUAGACCAGGCCACUGUAGUUCCAUACCAUGUUCUACUGUCUUAUCCAGACAUGGAGAAACCAAAUAAGGUCUACCUCAUUGAUAGCAACGGUGUAGCCAAUUUCACGUCUUCGGGUAAACAAAUGCCAUUGUACUCGCCAGAAGAAAAUUCAACCCUUGUGGCACCCAAUUUCAAUGCGUACUCUGGAACUGGAACUGUUACAUGCGACGGCCUAGUCUACGUUCAUUUUGGACAGGAAGCUGAUUAUGAGUAUUUGGCCAAAGAGGGAAUCGACGUUACUGGCAAGAUCGUGCUGGCUCGUUACGGUGCGUCAUUUCGGGGAAAUAUCGCAGAUCUAGCGGAAAAGAAAGGUGCCGCUGGUGUGUUAUUGUAUUCUGAUCCCAAGGAGUUUGCGAAGAAAGGGAGGAAUGAAAUCUAUCCGGAUUCGUGGUGGAUGCCGGGCAUGGCCGUCCAGUCCGAAAGUGCUUAUAGGAUUCCUCAGUCACAGGCAAUGCUACCCAACAUCCCGGUGCAACCGAUAGGUUAUGACGAAGCAGAAAUCUUAUUACGGUCAUUGAAAGGGAAGGAAGCACAAGACGAAUGGUGGGGCAGUUUAAACACCACAUAUUUGUUAGGUCCUGAAUUCCGGUCCAUAAAUUGGACAAUCAAAAUGGAAAUUCUUACAGCAAAUAAAAUGGCAACAAUAUACAAUACAAUCGGCAUGCUACACGGCCAAGAAGAACCAGAUCGUUAUGUGCUGGUCGGAAAUCACCGCGACGCCUGGAUUCUCGGUGUCCGUGAUCCAUCCAGCGGAACCGCCUCUAUGAUGGAGAUGGCAAGAGCUUUCGGAAAAGCGAAACUUGACCACAGUUGGCGCCCAAGGCGGAGUAUUGUCUUCUGCAGUUGGGGAGCCGAAGAGUACGGCCUAAUUGGAUCUUACGAAUGGGCUGAGGAGCACUCAAAGGUGUUGAGUCAAAGAGCUGUGGCCUACAUGAACGUUGACAUUGCAGUCCAAGGCAACUAUUCUCUAUGGGGAAAAGGAGCACCACUAAUGAAUAGUGUUUAUUUGGAAAGCUCUAAGAAAAUAAAAAAUCCCAGCCAAUCAGAAGUAGAAGCCGGACGACCUACCUUAUUUGAUACUUGGGCCUAUCGCUAUCCCGACACUUUGCAUCCUGGUAGACCAAGGGUGAAUAUUUUAGGAAGUGGGAGCGACUACACAGCUUUUAUGCACAUUUUGGGCAUUCCUUCCAUCGACAUUCGUUACAAUUAUGAAGAGAACAUUGGAUCAUAUCCCCUCUACCACACACUCUAUGAGACGCAUCACCUAGUAGCUGACAUCAUCGACAAAGAUUUCCUGUACCACCGAGCAGUCACACAGCUUUGGACAGAGAUCGCCCAUAAUCUAACAGAAUCAGUCAUUUUGCCAAUGGAUUUGGCCUGGUACGCCAUCUACUUGUCAGAGAGUGUGGCCAAUAUAAAAACACGUGUUACAAAGUAA